GCCCUGGGUGUGGCCAGCAGCAUCUUCCUAGGGGCUUGCAUUUGAAAUAAGAUGGGAGGGGCAUCUCUGCCAGGCACAUUUGUAACCCAAAUUCAUUUCUUGUCCCAGAGCUCCAUCUCCUCUGUCCUGGCACCUGCACGAGCUGCAGCUGAAGGCUCGGGAGAAGGCUCCAGUGCCCAGGCUGGAAGCUCAAGCACGAGCAGCUCGUGCACCUGGAGCACGACCAGCUCGUCUGGCAGCAGAGAGCAGCAGCGAGAGAGGACAGAGGACAAGUGUCUGGCCAUGCUGAAGAUGCUGGUGAGCGAGGGAGAUCCUGAGGCUAAAUACACAGAACUGGAGACUAUUGGCAAAGGGGGUUUCGGCACUGUGUGCAUGGCAGUGGAGACUGCCACAGGAGAAGAGGUGGCCAUCAAGAAAAUUAGUCUCCUGCAAGAGAGCAGCAGCGAGCUGUGCCUGAAUGAAAUCCAGGUCAUGCGUGGCAGUAAGAAUGCCAACCUUGUGAACUAUGUAGACAGCUACCUGGUGGAUGAGGAACUCUGGCUGGUGAUGGAAUACAUGGACGGAGGUUCUUUACACGAUGUCAUCAGGGAGACUCGCAUGGCAGAAGAAGAGAUAGCAGCUGUCUCUCGGGAGUGCCUGCAAGGCCUGGAUUUCCUUCACUCCAAGCAAGUGAUCCACCGAGAUAUCAAAAGCCACAACAUUCUCCUGGGCUUGGAUGGAUCAGUCAAGUUGGCUGAUUUUGGCCUUGCUGCUCAGCUUACUGCUGAGCAGAACAAACGGAGAUCAGCUGUUGGGACUACUUACUGGAUGGCGCCAGAAAUUUUCACCAGGAAGCCCUACGGCCCCAAAGUGGACAUCUGGUCCUUUGGCAUCGUGGGGAUCGAGAUGGUGGAAGGAGCGCCUCCGUACCUGAUGAAAACCUCCCGCACGGUUCAACAGCUGAUAAGCACCAGGGCCCCCCCGAAGCUACAGAAGCCCAGGCAACAGUCGGCGUGGCUGCGAGACUUUCUGCACUGCUGCCUGGAGAGGGACGAGGACAGGCGCUGGUCUGCCCAGGAACUUCUGCAGCAUCCGUUUGUAACAUCAGCCAAGCCAGUCUCCACCCUGACGCCUCUGAUCAUGGCCACGCAGCAGUUCAUGGCUGACAGGAGAUUCUAGCCCUGGAGGAGGCCUUUGUUGUUGUUUGUAGUUUGUAGUUUGUAGUUUAUAGCUUGUAGUUUGUAGUUUGUUAUGAGUGAUAGUCAGAAUAAAUACUAUAAUAAAUAAAUAAACCCUU